AUGGUUUCAAUUAUUGCAGAGCAUCUUGGCCUCCAUCUACCCAAUAACCCAACAAACAUAAUCAUGGGCCGUACUUGUCUAUCAAUUGAUGUUAUGGAAACAAUGCAUCUCUUCCACCGCCUUCCCACUGGGGAUAUUCAUUGGACAGUAGAUGGGAAAGAGUAUCUACGUGUUACAGUAGACCAUAGUCCUCCACCCUCUCCUCCUCCUGCUCCUAGUGCUGGUGCUUCUAGCUCAUCUCGCCUUAUUCCUUUUUCUGAACACAAUCUUUAUAUGGGCGAGUUUGCACGUUUGAAUAAUCGUUACACCAAUCUACAACAGGAAGUCGAGGACAUUUAUACGGGUGUCGCUGAAAUCACUUCUGAUUUUCAGGACUACCGUAACUUGCAAGAAGAGCAUUGGGCCCAACAAGAGUUGUGGUGGGCUGAACAGGAUCAAAGAUGA